UGAUGUCAUCACUGGCAUCCAUUGCUCCCCUCUCUGUUGGGCCGCAGGGCGAGGUGUGAGGGGCCAGGCUGGGUCUCUGCCCCCUCCGUCAGCAACGAGCAGCCAACCGGAGCUGCCAUUGCCAGAUGAUGUCCUGCUCAUCGUGCUGCACCUCCCGCCAGCAGAAGCUUAUCGAGAAGCUGCAGGCUAAGAAAGCCUUUCAGGAGAAGAUUCGCAGUUUUCAAGAAUCAAUGAAGAGCUUUCGAGAGAAGAUCAACAGCUUUCGGGAAAAAGUCAGAGAUUUCAAGAUGGCCAUCCAAGCCUUCUGGGAGGAGGAAAAGCCAAUCUGGGAGGCGGAAACUGCCUUUCGUGAGGAAGAAAAGGCCAUUCAGGAGGAAGCAGAAGCCUUCUGGAGACUGUAUUGUGACUUCUGGAAGGACUGCCAUGCUUUCUGGAAAAAGGGUAAGGAUUUCUGGAAAGAAAAUGAGCUCCUCUCUGGGAAAGACAAAGUCCUUAUGCAUGAGAACAGAGUCCUAUGGGCAGAAGAAGCAGCUCUGUGGGAAGACCAAGUAGCUCUCCUGAAAGAGGACAGAGCUCUCUGGGAAGAUGAGAAGGCCCUCCAGGAAGACAAAAAAAUCCUCAAGGAGUAUGAAAUGUUGAUCUGGGAGGAAGCCUUUGGCCCUGAGAGACUAGAUAUAUCCAGGGAUGCCACUGUCCACAGGGGAAAAGCAUAAAUUGUUCUGCUAGACUCAAAAACACGUGGAAAGCCAUGUAUACUGAUGUGCAUACUUCAUUUUUUUUUGCUUUAAAGCCAUUGUGUUUAUGUUUUCAGGACAUUAUUUAUUCUUUUGAAGCCCUGUAG